GAUGAGACAUUCGCGAGGGUUUUCUUUUCUUCUCAAAACGUCUUGCAAAAUCUCGAGAGACGAGACGACUCUGCAACAAGAUAAACACACAAACAGCCUGAAGAAGAGAUUGAAAUUAGAUAGAUAGAACAAACUGUAUCUAUAAUUCAAUCAACACUAGUAUAGUAUGUAUCCGUCUCGAGGGACUGGCAGUAACUAUGGUCAGCCGCAGCCAGCUAAACCCUACGAUUCUCAAUCCGCUUAUCGCCACAACUUGGCAGCGGCCUAUUCUGCAAGUGCAGGUGGAGGGCCAGAUGAGUCUUCUCAGCUAUCUAUGGCUUCACGCCAUUCAUCUAUGCUCGGGGGUGCUAGUUCCCAUGAAGCAGCAGAUAUUAGUGGAGGAUAUAGAGCUCAUCUCUCUGCUGCAUCCCAUUAUGGUGGGCAGUACAGCUCAGUGUACGGUUCAGCUGCUUUAAGCAGUACCCAGCAGCAUUCUGCCCAAAGUGGCAAGGGGGCUGCACCUACUGCUUUGGAAAGUCGACGUGGUUAUAGCUCAACGAUAUCAGACUCACCUAAAUUUGUAUCUAGUGACUAUGUCUCCUCAUCAAUCCAUGGAUAUGGUCAGAAAGGUGAUCAACUAUAUGUGGAUAAGCUUUCUGAUUAUCCAUCAAUUGACAGACGUCAGUAUGGUGAGCGAUCAAGUGCCUAUAUUGGUAGGGAACAAAAUGAAUCAACUGGCCGGUAUGGAGAUUCACUUGGUUUUACGCAUCAACAUCAGACAGAUUUGUAUGAUCGCUUGGACCAGGCAUCAGUGCUUCGACAUGAACAGAUGCUAAAGGUUCAGUCGCUGCAAUCUAAUCCUCUUGAUGGGGGUUCUAGACAAGCUGAUUAUCUUGUGACAAGGGGUGCUGGCAUUCGUCAUCCAGCUGACGAUCUUAUGUCUUAUGCUAGUAGAGUGGAUGCUGAUCCACGCAAUCUAACAGCUUUAAGCGGUUCAUCGCAUGGUGGACAACAACUUGCUCCAUCGAUUUUAGGGGCUGCGCCAAGAAGAAAUGUCGAUGAUCUUGUUUACGCUCAAAGCUCUUCAAAUCCUGGUUAUGGAGUUAGCCUGCCUCCUGGGAGGGACUAUGCUACAGGAAAAGGGUUUCACGGUGCUUCACUUGAGUCUGAUUAUACUGGUAGCUUGUUGUCACGUGGGAGUCUACCAAGAAUAGAUGACCGGAAAGAUGAGAGAGGUGGAUAUGCUCGGGAGGUUGAAAGAAGAGACGAGGAACGGCGCAGGGAUCUCUUGCGUGAGCGUGAAAAGGAACGAGAAAGGGACAAGGAAAGAGAACGGGAACGUGAGCGUGAAAGGGAGCGAGAAAGAGAAAGGCAACAAAGAAGGGAGCGUGAACGACGAGAAAAAGAGAGAAAUCGGGAGAUCAAGCAUGGAUCUGAAGUGAAACGUGAACGAACUCCCGCAAGACUCUCUAGGGAUCGACGUGGUUCCUCAUUGUCGAAAGAAGCGAGACCUUUACGACGAGUUUCACCACGUCAUGAAGUCGUACAUAGGCGCCCCUCACCUGUCAAAGAAAUACGAAGAGAAUAUGUAUGCAAGGUCUACUCCUCAAGUUUGGUAGAAGUUCAGAGGGAUUAUUUAUCAAUGGAUAAGCGAUAUCCUAAGUUAUAUGUAGCUUCAGAAGUCGCAAAGGUAAUUGUGAACUGGCCAAGGGAGGAUAUGAAGCUCUCUGUCCAUACUCCUGUCAGUUUUGAGCAUGAUUUCAUUGAAGAUGAGAGUGCUGCUGAGCAAACUUUGUCGCCACCAAAAUCGGUGGACAAAGUACUUUUAAAGUCGGAGAAAGGAAUCACUGUGUGGAAUGCAAAGAUGAUUUUAAUGAGUGGGCUUAGUCAAAAUGCUUUGGAAGAGCUCUCAUCAGAAAGAAGAUAUGAUGAUAGGAUACCCCAUUAUUGUAACAUGCUGAGAUUUGCCCUUCUCAAAAAGGAUAAUGCUUUUAUGGCAAUUGGAGGCCCAUGGGAUGCAAUUGAUGGUGGUGAUCCAUCUGUGGAUGACUCUUCACUAGUUCGAACUGUUAUAAGAUAUGCCAAGGCUAUGACUGGACUGGACUUGACUAGUUGCCGUCGGUGGAAUCGUUUUCUUGAGAUACACUAUGAUAGAAUUGGGAAGGACGGCUUGUUCAACCAUAAGGAGGUUACAGUGUUAUAUGUCCCAGAUUUAUCAGAUUGCCUGCCUUCCUUGGAGAUAUGGAGGGAACAGUGGCUUGCUCAGAAGAAAGAAGUUGCUGAGAGAGAACGUCAGCUUGCUUUGAAAAAAGAGAAACGAGGGGAGAAGAAAGAUGGUGUGAAAGAUAAGAACCUUGAAUCCGUCAAAGAUCCUAAAGGUGACGUGAAAUCAGUGAAGAGGUCGAACGAAUUGUCUGGAGACGUAAAUGCAAACAAAAAAGAGAAAGAUGAGAACAGCUUGAUUGGGACUUCAGCUCUGCAAGUGGAUAUUGUAAACAAUAAGAAAGUCCAGGAAAAGGAUGUAUCUGAAAUUGAGGAAGGAAAACAAUUGGAGAAAAAGGUAGAGGAAGAAAAUCCUGGUCAGACAAGUGGUGUCACAAAAUCAGGUAAAAAGAGGAUUAUCAAGAAGAGAAUUGUCAAACAAAAAGUCUCCAAUAAGAACUCAGUUGCGGAGAACUCUACAGCACAGACUGAUAAGUUGGUGGACGAGGAUGUUGGAGAAAAGAAUUUAAACUCAGAAGUUGCGGGUCAGUUGGCCAAGACAUCUGCUACUCCAGUUGCUGCAAAGACUCUAAUUAGAAAGAAAAUUGCCAAGAAGAUUGUUAAAAAAAUUGUUCAGAAAGGAAAUAUAGUGCAGCCUGAACUAAUAGCUGCUAAGGAACCUGAGGGGUCUGAAGGAUCUAAGGGGAAAUUAGACUCAGGCAUUGCUACCGGGUUGCAAGAUUCAAGUGUGAAAACAGUUGUAAAGAAAAAAAUAAUUAAGAGAGUGCCUAAACGCAAGGCCUCUGCUUUGGGAACCAGUGACGGUGCUAAUGAGAGUGCUAAAGAUGUUAACAAGGAUGGAUCUAAGUUGGCUACGGCGGAAAAUGUCAUGAAGACUACAGGAGAGCAAACUACAGACGCUAGCAACCAAGGGAAGGAAGUCGAGUCAGAAAAUAAAGCGCUACCUAAAGUGAAUUUGAAACAAUCGGAGAAGCAAGCUAUGGGUAGUUCAAGUAAAAAGGUGAGCAAGGCUGUAGACGGCAAGAAGGUGAAAGAUCACAGCAAUAUCUCCAUGGAGGCAGGCAAUGGUGAGCAAACAGUCGGUCAGAAAGAUGGUGAUGCAGGCAGGAAUGAGAAGUCAAAUGAAAAAGAAAAAUCUAAAGUUGAAAAAGAAAGAAAAGACAAAGAUGGAAAAGUUGAAACUAGGAAUAAAUCAAAUAGAGAUGUAAAAGAAAAGAAAAAGCCCGAAGAGCCUCCUCGGCACCCUGGAUUGUUUCUACGCACGAAAGGGAGCAAGAACAUGAAACUGCGUUCUUUGUCGCUUUCUCUCGAUUCACUUUUGGACUACACAACCAAAGAUAUCGAGGAGUCAACAUUUGAGCUCUCUGUCUUUGCUGAGACCCUGUACGAAAUGCUUCAGUACCAAAUGGGUUCCCGUCUUUUGACUUUUCUCCAGAAAUUGCGCAUUAAGUUUAUAACCAAAAGAAAUAAACGGAAGAGGCAAAGGGACGUAUCUGCCAAGAAAAGUGAACAAGUAUCACCGGUAAAGCGUGUGAAAACUGACAAUCCUAGCGUGGAGGUCAAAGUUAUUGAAACAGAAUCAAAAGAUGAAUCUGUUAAACCCGAUACCAAGGAUAAAUCUCAAUCAAAUCUUGCUGAAUCGAUCAAAUCUGAAACAAAUACUGAGUUGCAAACAGAUGUUGGAAAAAUCGCGAAUGUGGAGGAUGGUAACUCCUCUAUUAAUGAGGAUAUAAAGGUAAAACCUGAUGACGAAACAGAUGAGGAUGAAGAUCCAGAGGAAGAUCCAGAAGAAGAUGAAGAAAUGCCAGAUGGGAGCCCACAUGACUCUGCUAAUGUGUUGCAACAGGAAAAGGAUGCGACUAAUAACAGUGCUACCGAAGCUGUCAAAUCUGACAAGGUCCCCGAGGAUGAGAAGAACAAAAACCAGGAACCUGCAAAAGAAACAUCAGAUACAAAGCCCAAGCUGGAAGCAGAGCGCAACCCAGAGGAAGCAAAGGCAGAUAAAAGGAAAAAGGAAUCUCGAGUGGUGGAUAAAGAAUUGCUGGAGGCGUUCAGAUUUUUUGACCGAAACCGAGUCGGAUACAUCAGAGUCGAAGAUAUGAGGUUAAUUAUCCAUAAUCUUGGAAAGUUCAUUUCACACAGAGAUGUCAAGGAACUUGUGCAAAGUGCACUUUUGGAGAGCAACACCGGUAGAAAUGACCAAAUUCUCUAUGAUAAAUUGGUGGUGAUGUCUGACAUUUGAAGAAUAUAUUUCGGAAAGAUCCAUUAUGAUUCUUCGCGAAAAGUUUUAGAGUUUUUGCCCUUUAGUUGACUUUUUAACAGUUUCUGGUGGUAAAUUUUACGCCCUAGUGUUGCAGCAAAUUUUACAUUUCUGUUUGAGAUUAGUACCUUGAAUAUUUUUGAAUCUGGCAGUCUGCUUAUUAUAUGAUACCAAACUUCACAUGGCCCUCUUUUUUUGGUUUGACUUAUAACUUGAUUUUGCA